AUGGCCCGGAUGAUGGACAUGAACGGUACUCAGACUCGACUAGAGUGCGGUCCCAGUGCGAUAUUUCACCCGUUGGUGCCCACAAAGGAGAAUGCAUUCAAUCCGUGCUUCAUCUCGUGGGCGUACACAUAUUUAGCUAUAAUUUUUGCAGUGGUAUGUGGGAUUGACUUGAUUCGGGCGGUAAGGUUGCCGAAACACGGAAGUUACAUACCAAAAAGUACAGGAAUACACCACUGGGUGCGUUGUAAUGCUGUGUUGUUGCAGGGAGUUCUCUACUUGGUGCUCUUGCAGUUCACGAACAUACAUUAUAGGUAUGCGGAUACCAAGAUUUUGGCGAUGUUAACGACUAUGGUAACAAUCGGGGGGGUUGUCUUACCCUUGCAUAUGGUGGAGACGAGCCGUGUGGCCAUUCCUCAUGCGUCAUUGUUGGCAUUUUGGCCGUUGUUAACGAUUUUGCAGACGAUGCUAUUGUACCAAGAAGUGUAUACUGGAUGGCCAGUAUUCACAGACGAUUCGUCUCCUAUGGUAGCGGUGUUAAUGCUUGUCAACUCGCUAAGCGUUAUAGUUAUGGAGGCAUGUCGGACUUAUUGGAAACCUACACACGAGUUGAUAUUUUUCCAUAGGAAGAACGAAACGCAUGAGUUAGAACUCCCACAUCUUUACGAAAAGGUUACUUUCAGCUGGAUGAACGAUAUAAUCAUGAAUGCAUACGAGAACCAGACUAUUACCGAAGUUGAUUUACCGAAUUCGCCCACUAAGUUAUCAUCGGCUGCGGCAACAGCAAGAUUAUCGAAGUAUUGGAAAGCGCAAAAUAGCUCGUUGGUGUUAUCAUUAGUGAAGGCGUUUGGUCCCAUUGCAUUGGUUGCGUUUGUAUAUGAACUGAGUGACCGUGUGUUGAAUUUCGUACAACCGCAAUUACUAAGACUUUUAAUCCAAUUCUUUAACGAGAAGACCGAAGAUCCAGACCAGCCACUAAUGAAGGGAAUUCUCAUUUCUAUUCUGAUGUUCAUGGUAACGAUCUUGCAAACAACGUUAUAUAAUCAGUAUCUAAUAAAAAUAUUGAGUGUCGGGUUGGGUUGCAGGUCUUCGUUGACUUCGUUAAUAUACCAAAAGGGAUUGAGAUUAUCAAUGGAAUCCAAGUUGAAAUCUUCUACAGGGGACAUAGUAAACUUGAUGACGGUUGAUAUUAAUAGAAUCCAGGAUGUUUCACAAAAUUUAAGUACCCUAAUCCUAGCUCCAAUGGAAUUGGUAUUAUGUGUUAUAUCCUUGUGGUCUUUAUUGGGUAAGUCUACACUUUCUGGUGUGUUCACGAUGUUACUAUUGAUUCCACUUAAUACUAUCAUUGUGAAGUAUAUUCGGAGUAUGAAUAAAACCCAAAUGAAAUUAAAGGACAAUAGAAGUAGGAUCAUCAACGAAAUAUUAUCAUCAAUUAAAAGUAUUAAAUUAUAUGCGUGGGAAGUACCAAUGCUAUCCAAACUAUUUCAUAGUAGAAAUGACAAGGAACUCAAAAAUUUGAAGAAAAUUAGGCUAGUCAGUCAGUGUGCCAAUUUGAUAUGGAACAUAAUUCCGUUCUUGGUCUCAUUCGCAACUUUUGCUACAUUUGCAAUUGGCCAGUCAAAGCCGUUAACUUCAGAUCUUGUUUUCCCAGCAUUGGCACUAUUAAACUUAUUAUCAAGUCCAUUGCUUGCACUUCCUAUGGUUAUUAAUUCAAUCGUUGAAGCAUCUGUUGCCAUUGAAAGAAUCAAAGCAUUCUUAUUAUCCUCAGAGCUAGACGAAGAUCUCGUCAUAAACCUACCAAGAAGGAACCACCUAGGCGAAGAAACAGUUAGAAUCGAGAAAGCUUCCUUUUUAUGGGAAAAGCCAAACGAACCUAAAGACGAUAACUCCGUGUCAAAUCUUAAAUAUGCAUUGAAAGAUAUUGAUUUUACUGCCAAAAAAGGUGAAUUAUCUUGCAUUGUUGGUAAGGUAGGGAGCGGCAAAACUUCAUUUUUAUCAGCUCUAUUGGGCCAACUAGAUGCGAUUGACAGUACUGAUGUAACCAAGUCACCUUUGAUUGGCUUGAGUGGUACAGUAGCUUACUGCUCACAAUCACCCUGGAUCAUGAAUGCGUCAGUGAAGGAAAAUAUAACCUUUGGCUGUAGAUAUGAUGAAGACUUUUAUCAAAAAGCUAUCGAAGCAUGUCAAUUGUUGCCUGACUUGGAAAUCUUACCAGACGGAGAUGAAACACAAGUGGGUGAAAAGGGAAUUUCUUUGUCAGGAGGACAAAAAGCUAGAUUAGCUUUGGCUAGAGCAGUAUACGCGAGAGCUGAUAUUUAUUUAUUUGACGAUAUACUAUCUGCAGUAGAUAGUCAUGUUGGUAAAAAAAUCAUCAACGAAGUGUUAGCAAAACCAUCUGGAUUACUAGCCACUAAGACAAUCAUUCUUUCUACUAAUUCAAUUCCGGUCUUGCAUUAUUCGAAUUAUAUACAUUUGCUUGAGAAUGGUAAAAUGAUCGAGCAUGGAACUUUUGAUAAAGCUCAAAACAAAGAUAAAAACCCUAAGUUAUUCGAACUCAUUAAAGAAUUUGGUAAUGUCAAUGAAACUGAAUCUAAUUCUGAAUCAUCAAGUCAGUUUGAUAGUGAUAAAGUAGGGGAAUCUAAAGACUCAUCUACAAUUGUGAAUGAUAUUGAGAGUGAUAAAGGAACAGAUGAUUCUAUUCUUGAUUUACAGCGUACAAUAAGUCAUGAAAGUAUAAGUGCCGCAAGUAUUGCCACGUUUUAUUGGAACCCAUUAUCGAAGAUAUUACCUAAUAUACGUACGGCCCAAAUAAAUGAAGUUUCAGCAAAAGGGAAAGUUAAGUGGGAUGUUUAUUUUAAGUAUGCAAAGUCUUGUUCAUUUGUUGGGGUUAUUUGCUGGAUGUUUUUGCUUGUAUCUGCGUCUAUUGCUUCGACUUCCGCAAACUAUUGGUUAAAAUAUUGGGCAGAACAGAACUCUCGUUCAGGUAGAAAUGCAAAUGCAUGGCAGUUCAUUGGAAUAUAUGCCAUAUUCGGUCUAAGUGCAAGUUUGUUGACCUUUAUUAGAGGGGCAGUUAUUUGGACGUACUUGGCUAUAAGUUCCUCAAAGUUUAUUCAUGACCUGAUGGCAAAGAGAGUUUUGAAGGCUCCUAUGUCAUUCUUUGAGAGAACACCGAUUGGUAGAAUUAUGAAUAGAUUUACGAAUGACAUCAACAAAGUAGAUGAUACAUUACCCAGGGUUUUCAAUGCAUUUUUUUCAUCGUCAGUGAGGACGAUUUUUACCUUGGGGAUUGUUAGUUAUGCAAUGCCGUUGUUUCUGAUUAUAAUAGUGCUCUUGAUAUUAAUUUAUGGAUACUAUCAGAGAUUUUAUGUUGCAAUAUCGAGAGAAUUGAAAAGAUUGGUAUCUGUUUCUCGCUCACCAAUAUAUGCCCAUUUGCAAGAGAGUCUUAAUGGUGUUGAUACAAUUAGAGCUUAUAAACAAAUUGAUAGAUUUAAAUUCAUUAAUAAUGCCAAUAUUGAUUUUAACUUAAAAAGUUUAUACAUGUUAAGGUCAAUUAACAGAUGGUUGUCUACUCGCUUGCAAUUUAUUGGAUCAAUCGUUAUCAUUUCUGCAUCAUUAUUAGCGAUUUAUAGCUUGACUACAUCAAAACCAUUAAGUGCUGGUAUGGCCGGGUUUGUUAUGAGUUAUGCAUUACAAGUAACAGAUUCCUUGAAUUGGGUGGUUCGUAUGUCUGCUGAAGUUGAAUCGAAUAUUGUUUCAGUGGAAAGAUGUCUAGAAUAUUGCGAGUUAUCUAUCGAAGAGAAUGAAGAGCGCCUUUUCAUCAAACCACCGGCAAAAUGGCCUGUUGAUGGAUCUGUUAGCUUCAAGGAUUAUUCUACCAGGUAUAGAGAUAACUUGGAUUUGAUAUUAAAAGAUAUCAAUUUAGAUAUCAAGCCCAACGAGAAGAUAGGUAUAGUGGGUAGAACGGGUGCUGGCAAGAGUUCUUUAGCUCUAGCAAUUUUUAGAAUCAUCGAACCAACUUCCGGAUUCAUUUCUAUCGACGGAAAGAAUACUAGUGAUUUAGCAUUGUAUGACUUGAGAAGUAAUUUAAGUAUUAUCCCCCAAGAUUCUCAAGCAUUUGAAGGUACUAUUAGACAAAAUUUGGACCCUUUAAAAAAGCACAAUGAUAAAGAGUUAUGGGAAGCCUUAGAAUUAGCCCAUUUGAAUAAGCAUGUUUUACAAUUGGAUGGUAAUGAAGGUGACAAAUUGAGUUGUAAAGUAUCAGAGGGUGGCUCAAAUUUUUCUUCUGGUCAAAGACAAUUGAUGUGCUUGGCUAGAGCAUUAUUAAACACUUCAAAAGUGUUAAUUUUAGAUGAGGCCACUGCGGCAGUUGAUGUCCAAACCGACAAGAUUAUUCAGGAAACCAUCAGGAAAUAUUUUAAAGACAAGACAAUUAUAACUAUUGCUCAUAGGUUGGAUACGGUUAUGGACAGUGAUAAGAUUUUAGCAUUAGAUCAAGGUAGAGUAAAGGAAUUUGAUUCUCCUUCGAAUCUUUUACAAAACCCUGAUAGUGUAUUUUAUAGUUUAUGCAAGCAAAGCGGCUCGAUUUAA